AUGGUGAUCAACAUACAGAAAUCCCAGAUUGCGGUGAUGCUGAAAGGGAACCAGGCCCAGCAAAUGAUGACUAAGCAUACCCAAUACUGGGAUGGAAACAAAUGUCUUAUCCUUCGCCAUGCAGACUCGGAUGUGCGCCUUCCGAUCGUGGACAAGAUGGUCUACUUGGGUGUGGUACUCAGCUACGGAGGCUUUGAGAGUGCAACCACGCAAUACCGAUGCCAACAGGCAAACAUCGGGUACGCGCAACUCAAGGCGGUCCUCCGGACGAGCAGUACGCUCAGCAAGGCGCAAAGACUGCGAUUCUACACUACCUGUGUUUGGCCCUCGCUCAUCUACGGAGUCUGUGCUGCAGGCGUCAACGCCUCGUCGGUGAGAACCCUUCAAAGCACAGCGGCCAUGCACCUCCGCAAGGUCCUACGCACACAUGAACGUGGAUGGUCCAAUGAAGCAGUCCUGAAACAGGCCGAUCUCGACGUCCUUGAGCACUUGCAGUCGAGAUCAUUGCGGAGGAAAUGGAAGAUCCCCCGCAAGCUCCGGCAGGGGACGCAUCGUCAGCAUCACGAGAAGCGAGACGAUCAGAACUCAGGAAUGUUUGCAGUGUGGGCAGCACCUACAACAAGCCUCGCGAAUGAAGGCACGCUGGCAGGCCAGUCAUCCGGCUCUAUGGCGGGCGACGAGAUAUUGGCGACCAGAUGGUUGCAAGCUCACGGCCCUCCUCCGGAGGCUCAUGAAGAUAUGACAAACCAGCAGCGCCUAGGCAAGACAGCCACAGGCGGAUGCUUUACCGCAGCUACCCGUACGGUUGAACCCAGCGGGAACGCACCCAACAUGGAGAUCCCGUGGACCUGCAUGCUUAGACUCCGCAAUCCUCACUCCAUAUGCUAUGCCAAUGCGGUAGGCCCCAAGGCGGUGGAGCGUGACAAGGACAUGCUCCUCCCCCAGAUGAGCUUCUACGUGGAUGGCACCAGCACGAUGGAGCCGUCGACUCCAACAACGGGCCACUACAGAGCUCUACAGUGGGUCGGAGCCUCGUGGAACACGUAUCUUUUCAUGCUUACUUCCUGUGAAGACACGAAAGCGGAGCGGACUUUGGAGUCCGCGGUAGAGGAAGCGCCGCUAACUCAGUUCGAUAGUGGACAUGGCCAUGGACCUGGACCCCAUCGAGCGCAAGGAGGCGAGUUCUUCGACGGCUACUGGCCAGCGGUCAAAGCGGCAAUGGGAGGAGAGGCCUCCACAGCCGCUCCACCUUCCCUGGCGGAGGACGAGGACGAUGAGGCCCAUGACGGCGACAGAGCGCCUAAGCAGGCCAAGACGACGGACAGCAAAGGCCCUCCAGGCAAAGGCCGCGGACAACAACAGCAAGGAAAACACCGAGGACGCGAUGACGCGCAAGGAAACGGCAGCGGAAGUGGCCAUGGCGGAUGGGGGGACAACGACUGGACUUCGUGGCAAGAAGGCCGGAGCUGGGGCGGCAAUGGUAAUGGCAACGGCAAUGGGGGCCAAAUCAAAGGCCUCAAGGCGGAGAUCAAGCAGCUCCGGGAGUCGGUGUUUGCUCUGCAAAGACUGACCCUCAGACAUGAGGAUUUUGGCAAUUGCCUCAAGGCUGAGCUGUCAUGGGUGAUGUUUUUACGGCUUGACAUGAAGGCGACCAUCCUCCCCUGUCUCUACAAGAUGCAGGAGAAAUGGAGGGAGCUGAAAGAAAAGCACCCGGACCAGCUCACUGCGCCAAUGAGGGUCGACCUGGUCAAGGCCAUGUUCAAGGAGAUGGGCUCGCGCCUCACGCUGCUGUUACAGCAAGAAGAUCAGAUGGAGACGCUGAUCAAACUCGGGUGGAUGAGCAAGGAGCCCCUGGAAUGGAAUUAUGUACGUUGGGAUGCGGAUCACGAGCGGUACCCCACGAAAAAGUGGUGGCGAUCGUUGGCUCCAUUCAGCAACUGGCGGACGUGCUUCAACCCGAGCCGGGAGAUCACACAGCAGAUGGGCGGCCGCAACCUCACGAUGUCGCUGCAGACCUGCAUACAUGGAACAGCAGCAGCUUCGCUGAGGGAGCACCUCCAAGCCCUCAGUGGUCUCAGUGCUACGCAACUGAUCGGCAUGGGCCUUCGUCAAGAUCGACAAGGACGCUCAGCGCUGGCCAACACCAUCCAGAAGCAGAUCAGCAACGACAGAUCCUAA